AUGAAUACAACUGAUAUUGGAGACAUUUUGGAUGCGUGGAAUAUAGGGCACUUGUACGAUAAAUUUAAAGACGAAAAAAUUACAAAAGAAGUACUUAAAAUUUUAACACCUAUUCACAUAGCUAAACUUUUCAGCGAUUUGCCAGUGGGAGACCAAGCCAUUUUUGAAAACAAGCUGAAAAACUGGAAGAAGUCUUUUGAAGCUGAUAUUACUGAUAUUGAUUUGUUGGCGUCUCCAAAACCUACAAGAAAUAACAUUUCAGUAAGAGAAGUUCUUAAUACUACGCAUAACGGUAAAGAAAUCCUGGCAUUUUACAAUAAUAAUGGCACAUUAUAUGAUGAGCAAAGAAAUCUUUUGAUCACCACAAUUACCAAAUACGUUGAAGGCAAUGACAUUGAUUGUUCGCUGUCUGACUGUACUGAACUGGAAAAAGAAAUCUGUACUAUAUUCCCCUCCGAAGAAAUAGAAUUUUACAGAACAGGAAAAAGAGGAAAGCUUUACAACAAACUUGCCAAUCUUAAAAGAAUAGCAAAAGGAGCAUUCAAAUGCAAAAUUCCCGUAAUUGGUGAAAUUGAAACUGAAAUUAAUGAAAAUUACGAUAUCAGUGUAAAGUGCCUGAGAGACGAAGGGACGACUGCCGAGGACAUUGAUAUAUACUGGAGACAAUGUGCACCUUUGAGGUUCCAACAACUCAAAAAUGCAAAGAAAACAUCAGACAUUUGUAAGUUGUGGCCGGAAUAUAAAAAACCAUCUGCUUGGCAACUGAUUGACAUUGACUUCAAAUUGAAAUUUCCAGCCGCGAAGAGUUUAUUUGAUCGAUGGUCCCAGCUAGGCGAUAAAAUUUUGUACUUAUUAAAAACAAAAGUAACUUCCGCCUUCGUGUCGCAAAAAUUAUUGGAGCUCACAAUGAAGAUUUUUUAUAUAUUUACAGAAUCGAAACAGUUUGCAAUUUUGUGGUACCUCCACCAUUUAUUUUCUCCAACACAUAAAAUUAAUACCGAUCCAAGUGGCAGCAAAAUUAGAAAAAAAUUCUCCAUAGCUGAUUCGCAACAUGGCUUUGCUAUUAUAGCAGAUACUAAUGAGGAAUUGGAGAUGAAAAUUAAUCUGCUCAAACUUCAAAGUCGCAGUAUUCAGCCAAAGCUGUUAAUUGUUGGCCAGCUUCCCACCAUACAAUUAAUUAGUAUAUAUUUUGACAAUUACCGAUAUAAAUUUACUAAUGUGUUAAAUGCUUUCGAUAUUCUUUUCAAACUGUUCUUUGUUUUCAAUAUUGAAUACCCUGAAGAAUCGGAUUUAUUUUACAAUUUCAUACAGUGUUGUAUGUACGAAAUUCUUCUAUUAAAAAAAUCGUCAAAAAUUUGUACCAUUAAACAUGAAUUAUUCCAAUCAAACAUAUAA